UCCCUCUUUAUGCUGCCGCCUCGGUAGGCUGUCCUGUCCGCCCGGAGGAACACUAGCCUGGCUGCGACGAGGGCGGAGCUGCCCUGGCUGUCACAAAGACAUGUUUCAUUAAAAAACUAGCCACUACUCUAACUGCUGUCUAUAUCUACACGGCUUUCUUUGGGCUUAAGCGCGACGACAGAGCACUCGUUCAGCCGAAUCGAGGAGAAGCAGGAUGCCGGUGAAAGGCGGAGGAAGACUGGCCUCUUACCCAAGCAAGGGCGAAAAUAUCGGAAGCUCGGGGAUGGAGGAGAUGGUGUGGGAGCAGUACUCGGUCACUCUGCAGCGGGACACUAAGAUGGGUUUCGGCAUCGCUGUGUCAGGUGGGCGGGACAACCCCAACGUGGACAACGGUGAGACGUCCAUCAUCGUGUCAGACGUGUUACAGGGGGGCCCAGCAGAUGGACUACUCUUUGAGAAUGAUCGUGUCAUUCUGGUCAACUCCAUUCCCAUGGACAACGUGCCUCAUUCCUUUGCUGUGCAGUCCCUCCGUAAAUGUGGCAAAGUGGCUAAAAUAACAGUGAAGAGACCUCGUAAGGUGGCGUUGCACUCCCUGAAGCAGCCCCCCUCCCCAGGCGCAGACAGUCGGGAAUACACCCCCUCCACCCACUACUACGACGCCGACAAUGACAACGGCUGGUACCGCGACGAAGGCCGCGACCACAUCUCGGACAGCAAGGCAUACCUGGACCCCGAGUACAGAGGAGGGCGGGACUCCAACCAGAGAGGGAGGAGCCGUGGCCGGAGUCAGGAGAGGAGCUCCCCCAGCCCGGACAGACCCAGGAGGGAUGGCAGCCGAGGACGGGCCCUGGACAGCAGCGCAGAUCGCCAGAGGUACCACAGCCGAGGACGCAGCCCCGGGGAGGGCUUCCGCACGGAGGACAAGUACGAGCGAGGAGAAGGAGGGGGAGGAAGAGGAGGGAGGUAUAAGAGCAGGGACCGGCUUAAUGACAACCCUCCAUCCCCAGAACCUUCCAGAGAGCUGGAGCCGCUGGACAAACCCGUCAACGUGCUGCUGGUGAAGAACAGAGCCAGUGAAGAGUACGGGCUACGUCUGGGGAGUCAGAUCUUCAUCAAACAGAUGACCAGCACGGGCCUGGCUGCCAAAGACGGGAACCUGCAGGAGGGAGACAUCAUCCUGAAGAUUAACGGGACAGUGACGGAGAACCUCUCGCUGCACGAUGCUGGGAAGCUGAUAGAGAAAUCAAGGGGGAAGCUGCAGCUGGUGGUGCAGAGAGACAGCCGUCAGAUCCUCGUUCGCAUCCCCCCCCUCGCAGACUCUGACUCUGAUAAUGAUGACAUAUCAGAGAUGGAGUCAUACCAUUCCUAUUCCCCCCCAGAGGAGAGGAGGUCCCGCCAGUCUGACCUGUCCUCCCACUCUUCGAAUGAAAGAGACAACCCCAGGGAAGAACCCAUGAAGACAGCUAAGAUGUCAGCCAUGGCCUCCCCCUUCAGAGUACCUGAAGACCCCCAGGCCUCCGCAGAGCUAAACAGAGAGUCGGGGCACAUCGAGCAGCCUCCAGUUGCCAUAACCACGCCAAAGAUUCUCCUCCGACCAAGUCCAGAAGAUGAAAAAAUAUAUGGGCCCAACACGGUGAUGGUGAACUUCCAGAAGGGAGACAGUGUGGGGCUGAGGCUGGCAGGAGGAAAUGAUGUCGGCAUCUUCAUCGCUAGUGUUCAAGAGGGCAGUCCUGCCGAGGAAGAGGGUCUGCACAUAGGGGACCAAAUCCUAAAGGUGAACAAUGUGGAUUUCCAAGGAGUAGUGAGAGAGGAAGCCGUGCUCUUCCUGUUGGAGAUUCCUAAAGGGGAAGUGGUCACCAUCCUGGCUCAGAGCAAACCUGACGUCUAUAAUGAUAUCUUGGUGUCGGGGCGUGGAGACUCCUUCUUCAUCCGGACCCACUUUGAGUAUGAAAAGGAGACUCCUCAGAGCCUGGCCUUCAGCCGGGGGGACAUCUUCAAGGUGGUGGACACCCUCUACGACGGCAAGCUUGGCAACUGGCUGGCUAUCCGUGUUGGCAAGGACAAGCAGCUGCUGGAGAAGGGCCUCAUCCCCAACAAGAGCAGGGCGGAGCAGAUGGCCAGUGUGCAGAGCGCUCAUAAAGCAGUGGCGGGCGAUCGUGCAGACUUCUGGCGUUUGCGAGCUCAGCGCUCUGUGAAGAGGAAGGACCUGAGGAAGAGCAGAGAGAACCUGAGUGCUCAGACCCUGGCCACCCGCUUCCCAGCAUACGAGCGGGUGGUGCUCCGAGAAGCUGGUUUCCGCCGUCCGGUGGUUCUGUUCGGCCCCAUUGCUGAUGCUGCCAAUGAGAAGCUGGCCUCCGAGUUGCCCGACCUGUUUGUGAUUGCCAAAACCGAGCCCAAAGACGCCGGAUCUGAGAAGUCCUCCGGAGUGGUUCGCCUCAACACCAUCCGACAAAUCAUCGAGCAGGACAAGCACGCCCUGCUAGAUGUGACACCCAAGGCAGUGGACACCCUGAACUAUACCCAGUGGUACCCCAUUGUCAUUUUCUUCAACCCAGACAACAAGCAUGGCAUUAAGACCAUGAGACAGAGGAUCGCCCCCAACUCCAACCGCAGCGCCCGCAAACUCUACGAGCAGGCCGUGAAACUGAGGAAGACCUGCCCUCACUUGUUCACUGCCACCGUUGAUCUGAACUCAGCCAACGACGCCUGGUAUGGCAGCGUCAAAGACUCUAUCAGAGAGCAGCAGAUGCAGGCUGUGUGGGUUUCUGACGGCAAGCUGGAGGCAGUAGAGAGUGAUCUGGACUGCCAGGACGUGGAGCGCCUGUCCUUCCUGUCUGCCAUGUCCGCCGACUACCUCAGCAUGGACAGCCGGCUGACCUCUGACCUCGAAGACACCGCCGACGAGGGUGGGACCUACACUGACAACGAGCCCGACGUGGAGAUGAUGCACAUCUCAGCCAUCAGCCGCUCGUCUGAACCCGUCACAGCUGAGGAGAUCUUGCGCAGGUACAGUCCAGACAUCAGGAGUCGCUUAAGGAAAAUGAGCAGCCGUGAAGUCCUCAGCAGGUCCAGCCCCCCACCUGUCUUCUCACCAGACGGCAAGCUCUUUACCUCCAUCGAAAGGAACAAACUGCCCUUCCCUUUGAGGAACGGCCUGAUCUGGAGAGUGCACUCUCACUGCUGCUCAGAGUCCUCCGACGUCAGCUCAUUGGACCAGAUGGGUACCCAGAAUUCCCCUCACUUAUUGGUGAAACUGUCUCUGAGGGACGAUCCGGCCCUCCUAUCAGGAUCAACCAACCCACACCAUCACCACCGUCAACACCACCCUCCACCCCCCAGCUCCAGCAGAAGUUACGAUUCUCCCUCCAGCAGCAGCCCGGCCAGCAGCAACAACGACCCCCCACCACUCAUCCCCCGUUCCGCACCUUCCUCUGGCCCACUGCCCCUGCCUCCGGCUCACCACUUUAACUCCUGCAGCAAAAUGUGGCCUGUGAGAGUGCCUCAAACCCCCGCCGUGCACAAGCCCAGCAGUUGUGGGGGCACAGCAGAGGCUACAGUCCACUCCCCCGGGGCUCUGCCCAGUGCACUGGUGGCAGCCUGCAGGCAGCAGGAGGAGGCGAGGGAGAGCCCUGGGGAGGAUCCGUCCCUCAGGUCCUUCUCAGGGAAGAUCAAGGCCUUCGAAAAGAUGGAUCACUUCGCCCGGGCCCACAGGAUCCUGGAACUUCAGGAGGCGCAGAAUGCCAGGUUGGAAAUCGCUCAGAAGCACCCCGACAUCUACGCCGUUCCUCUGAAGACGGCAAAGCUGGAGCACAGCCGCCCUCAGCCCAUCGGGUAGGCUCACUACUGCCAUACGAUUCCGCUCUCCAGCUCCCGUCGUGAACCCCAGACUCCUCCGUCCUCCAGGGAGGGACGUCCCUUCUGCCCCAGGGAGGAGGAGGUGGAGGAGGAGGCAGCGCCUGAAUACUACACCGCCAACUCCUUCCAGUACCAAGACACCCAACUGUAGCUGUGCCAGCCCUCAGCGUCCUGGACACAUGUACAUGCACUGCAUAUGCGGUCUAUAACACACAUACCAUUCCAUCAUGCCCUGCACAACAAGCUGCUGACUUUGAACAAACUCUCGCUUCUUUGAUAUUAAAGGACAAAAACUUUUAUUUUUGAUUCACAGAAGUUUAAGCAAUCUCACUAUCCAUUUGGAUAUGAACACUCACCUAACUGUGUAUGUUUAUUCGAUGGUUUCUUCAUUCUUUACUACCUUUAAAGGGUAAACUGAGUGAUCAGGAACCACUUGUUUUCUGGCCUAUGCAACUCUUCAGUUCGUGCACAGCAACUGAAACGUAUUACCACAAGUUUUGCCCUCACGAAAACCUCAACAAACCUAAAAACCACAAUGCGCUUUAUCACAUCUCUCCCCAUCUUUUUCAAGCUACUAUUAUUGCCAGCUACGAUCAAUAAAUGUUACCUAUAUAUUAUGAUAUUAAACGUAUAUAUGUAUAUAUAUAUAUAUAUAUAUAUACAUAUGCACAGUAUAUAUAUGUAUUUAAAGUCAAGUGUUUAUACUCUGUCUUUGCAUUCCUUCGUAUAUGACAAUGCCUGUGUAUACAUACAGUAUAUAUCUAUAUAUAGUCUAUCUAGUUACACUGGAAUUUGUAAUAAUUUUUUGAAGUGCCUUUUUCUUUCUCAGUCCCGUGAGGUUCGGGUUGUGUUUCCUCUGCCCCUCAGCCGCCCAGCCGUACUAAAACCUCUGCUGCUGUCAAGCUUAAAGGGAAACCAGGGAACCAGUGACACCAAAAUCUCAAUGCUGAGCCCAUUCACCACACACUGAACUGUCUGCAGCCAGGAUUUAGAAAGAGCUCACACUGUCUGAAUGCUAGAAUCCACCCACAGCAAUAUCAGUUUGAGAGUUUACUUUAAUAAGAGUAUUAAAAACUGUUAUCUGUAAAGGCCCGGUCACUCCAGGAUUUAGGUGGCAAACAGAUGUCAAUAGAAUCUGCAAAACUGGUGGAAUAGCUCGAAGGUUAGGAGUUUGAUUUUAGUGAACUAGCAUUAACACAUAGUGACUUGUUGACAUGCGUAUCUUUGAAGGAAACAAGAUGCAGACUGUCAAAACAAAAAGAGGCUAUCAUAGCUUGCUAGCUCUGGUGCACUUAAGGAUUUGAUAUACUUCUGAGGCAAAAAGUCUCAGAAAAACUGAAAUGCUUUUGUUGAAGCCCAACUGUUUCCAAGUUGGCAUGUUGGCAGCUCAAUACAUCCUUGAGUUAGCUCAACAGCUACAGGAGCUUGUUAAAUCCUCCUGUAAAAACUUACUGCAUCACUUAGCUGCGAGCUAAACUCAUUUUAAUGCCGUAUUUUUGCUGAGCCUUUUCUGGUGUGACCGCGCCUAAAGAUUGCUUGUCGUCAUUGUUUUCUUCUUUGGUGCUCAGCAUUCAUUGCUGUUCUGCUUUAGUACCGCCAAGCCAAAAAGGGUUUGCCAGUUUUUACUGAGUGGCCAGUAGCGUGAUGUCUUUAGCCUGGGAUUGUUUUGUUGGUUGACUUUCUGCAGGUGAUGCCCUUUCCUGUCUGUUCAACCAUGGAGGCUAUCACUGCCUAUGCUAACAUCCCUGUUAAAUGAUAUGGUUGGUGACAUUCUACAUUUUUCUUAUUGUCAACAAAUCCCAUGUGCAGACCCAAACCAACAAUGAAUGUAUACACUAACAAGUAUUGUGUGUGUAUUCAACACCUGAUACUGAAUAUCUUAUUUCUCUGUGCCAUAGAGCUCUAAUGUUGGUCAAAAAACUGUAAGAGGCUCGACCAGAGCAGCAAGAGUGGAUUAAUUCACUGCUGUUAGUACUGCAGUCCCCAACAAAUGCACUAUUUCCUCCUGUUUGAAAAGUAACUAAUGUGUUCAGUUCUUUGAAAAAAAUAAACUAUAUAUUUGUGAGCUUUUUAAAAUAUAUAUAUUUAUGUCUUCAGAAGGAACCAGAGAGUAUUGAGUGGCGGACUGUCGCUUUUGUGACAAUAAGAAGAAUAUGGAAUAACACCAGCCUUAUUUACUAAAGCUGUUUCCCAUUUUUGAUACUUGAAGCCUGAAUAAAGUGGUGCAGGAAUGAGUCCUAAAACCAGGAAAUUAGGUUCACACUCCAGGUUCCCUCGUCUCAAAAUCAACAUUUUUUGGAGCAUUAAUGCUUAAGAAAUGUUCAUGUUUUGUUCUCCCACAUAAAAUACAUCAGUAAAUACCCCACUGGUAAAUCUUCGAAGCUUUUAUGUGUGUUUAAAACGGCGGUUGCUAACAAGUGACUAAACGUCAUCACGUCAAACAUCAGCCGCCUUUAGCUUAGCGGGGGUGACUUGCAGCCAUGUGACCGUGAUGUAGUUUAUUUAUAGUCUAGUGAUAGCUGUUUACUUCUGCCGAUUGCAUUUGUGAUUCAAAAAUCAUAAAGAAAUUGUAACAUGUGGAGAUUGUCCUGCUGAACAAAUGUGGGUUAGCCACAGAUCUUAUUUUCUGCAAUAUUCCAAAAGCUGAAUAAAAAUCUCAUUACUUUUUGUCGGGGGAGCCCUUCCGUUGCUCUCUCCCUGGUUCUGACAAAAAAUAUAUCAUCACUGGGGAGGGAAUCCAACCCUGUCUGAAGGCAUCUUCUUUUAUUUGUCCAAAACAAAACUGCAGAUGAUAUGACUUCCUGUGUGCCAGCAGACAUUUACCUGCACAAGCCUAUCAGACAGGGAAAGCAGCAAGGACAGGAUAAUGAGCUGGCCCUGUUGAUUGAACAGUCAUCCACAGAGGUCUUCAGCCAGAAGGACAUCUGUGAUAGAGGACUUCUGAAGCCACACAUGGUGUGUGUGUGUGUGUGUGUGUGUGUGUGUGUGUGUGUGUGUGUGUGUGUGUGUGUGUGUGUGUGUGUGUGCGCGCGCGCGUGUGUGUGUGGUGGAGGCAGUUUUAUUUGGGCUCCACCAUCAGUAUGAAUGAAUGGUGUCCCACAUGUUUCAAAUAUGAUUGAUUGUAUAUCUCAGAUCACUGUUCAGCUCCAAACAUGAGCUGCCAAGUGCUUACCGUCCGAAGUGCUAAUGAGUGACGUCCCUCACAAUGCACCGGCACUGAACUCAUGGAGUAUAGUGUAUGUAGAGGGUCAUGGCAGAGGGUAAUACUGUAAAUGAAACAGAGAGAAUGAGAAGAAUGAUUGGACUGUGUAUACUGAGUUUUUCCAUGUUUUCACCUUAAAACACCAAAUAAAACAAAAACUCUUAACCACGA